CGGCCCCUUUAAGGAAGAGUUGUGGCUGAGCUGCAUGCAUCGCUUGCUCAGAAUGAAAUGGGGAUCUGCUGCAGCCAGAGUAGGAGGCAAGGAGGGCUGAAGCCUGCUGCAGACUGCACUGCAACGAGAGGGGCACACUAACCCACCCAAGGAGAGAGACAGCCCUGCCAACUGGCUCUGCUUCUGGAGAGAGAGAAUCGCAGCUUCCCAAGUUGCUGCUGCUGCUCGCUGGAUAGCACUUGUGGGGAGCAUGGAGCAGCAUCCCGGCACUGGCUGCCUGCCCUGAGCCUCCUAGCGCUGUGGCCCCCAGCAGGAUUAACCCCUUGGCUCCUUUACUGCUGCUGUACCCUGGGCACCAACUAGGGCUCAUUCCUGGGCUGCACACAGUUUGCUGUGUCACUUUGGGGCAGUGCUGGAUGGUGAACCCUCCUUGGGAGUAGUGGGACCCCCCCCCACCCUUGGCAUCUUCUUCUGCCCCCCAUCCUCUCCGCUGGGAUAUCUAUAUACAUACAUAUAUAGUACGCGUUGCUUAUAUUAAGCUUGCUGGAAUUACAAUUCUGUGAAAAGGAAUUACACUUUAUUUUGCUCUUGUUUCUAAAUCCUCUGGGUUUCUGUGGCAUGAGAUUAGCUGCGGGCACAGCUUGACUACAAUGCUCUCAGAGUUGGCUCACUUUUUCCUGCUCUGUGGAAUCAUGUGCUUGACUUCAGGGUCACGUCUUCGGCAAGAAGAUUUCCCACCGCGAAUUGUUGAGCAUCCCUCAGACCUAAUUGUCUCCAAAGGUGAACCAGCAACGCUGAACUGCAAGGCCGAAGGGAGGCCGACUCCAACCAUUGAGUGGUAUAAAGGAGGAGACAAAGUAGAGACAGAUAAAGACGAUCCUCGCUCUCACCGAAUGUUGUUGCCCAGUGGAUCACUAUUUUUUUUACGUAUCGUGCAUGGACGCAAAAUCAGGCCGGAUGAAGGGGUCUAUGUUUGUGUUGCAAGGAAUUACCUCGGAGAAGCUGUGAGCCACAAUGCAUCGCUGGAAGUUGCAAUUUUGAGAGACGACUUCAGACAAAACCCUUCAGAUGUAAUGGUAGCGGUGGGGGAGCCUGCAGUAAUGGAAUGCCAGCCGCCCAGAGGUCAUCCUGAGCCGACAAUAUCCUGGAAAAAAGAUGGGACGCCAAUAGACGAUGAUAAGGAUGAAAGAAUAACUAUAAGAGGAGGGAAACUUAUGAUCACCUACACCAGGAAAAGCGAUGCUGGAAAAUAUGUGUGUGUUGGAACCAAUAUGGUGGGAGAACGGGAAAGCGAAGUAGCAGAACUUACUGUUUUAGAAAGGCCAUCAUUUGUGAGGAGACCCAGUAAUAUGGCAGUUACCGUAGAUGAUAGCGUUGAAUUCAAAUGUGAGGCCCGGGGUGAUCCUGUCCCUACUGUUCGAUGGAGGAAAGAUGAUGGGGAUCUGCCUAAAUCAAGAUAUGAAAUCCGUGAUGACCACACCUUGAAGAUAAGGAAGGUCACAGCAGGGGACAUGGGAUCCUAUACUUGUGUUGCAGAGAACAUGGUUGGAAAAGCGGAAGCUUCGGCCGUCCUAACAGUUCAAGUUGUGUCUGAGCCUCCGAAUUUUGUUGUCAAACCUCGUGACCAAGUUGUUGCUCUGGGACGCACAGUCACAUUUCAGUGUGAAGCCACCGGAAACCCCCAGCCAGCCAUUUUUUGGCAAAAGGAGGGAAGCCAGAACCUUCUCUUUUCCUACCAACCUCCACAAUCGUCGAGCCGCUUCUCCGUGUCCCAGACUGGUGACCUGACUAUAACCACCGUUCAGAAGUCAGACGUGGGCUACUACAUCUGCCAGACUCUCAACGUUGCCGGGAGCAUUACAACAAAAGCCUUCUUAGAAGUUACCGAUGUGGUGGCCGACCGUCCUCCUCCAGUCAUUCGUCAGGGACCCGUGAAUCAGACAGUAGCUGUUGAUGGCACCUUAAUAAUGAACUGUAUCGCCAGCGGCAUUCCUGUUCCCACAAUCCACUGGAGAAAGGACGGGAUCCUGAUACCGACCCAAGACUCUCGCAUUAAACAGCAGGACUCAGGAGCUCUGCAGAUCCGUUACGCCAAGCUGAGUGAUACCGGUCGGUACACCUGCACUGCCUCCACUACUAGCGGGGAAGCAAACUGGAGCGCGUACAUAGAAGUCCAAGAAUUUGGAGUUCCGGUUCAACCACCCAGAGCCACUGAUCCCAACCUGAUUCCAAGUGCUCCAUCAAAACCAGAAGUCACGGACGUCAGCAAAAAUACUGUAACUUUAUCCUGGCAGCCAAACCUCAACUCAGGUGCUACUCCUACGUCGUACCUCAUAGAGGCCUUCAGCCAUGCGUCUGGAAGCAGCUGGCAAACAGUGGCAGAAAAUGUCAAGACCGAUUCCUUUGCAGUUAAAGCACUGAAGCCCAAUGCAAUCUACCUCUUCCUCGUGAGAGCAGUAAACGCAUACGGAUUAAGUGAUCCAAGCCAAAUAUCCGAUCCUGUAAAAACACAAGAUAUUCCUCCUACAAGUCAAGGAGUGGAUCACAAACAGGUGCAGAGAGAACUGGGCGAUGUUGUGCUACACCUUCAUAACCCAACAAUACUUUCCUCUUCCUCCAUCGAAGUACAUUGGACUGUGGACCAGCAAUCACAGUACAUCCAAGGAUACAAGAUCCUCUACAGGCCAAGCGCAGAGAAUCGAGGCGAAUCUGCAUGGUCCAUAUUUGAAGUCAGGACUCCGGCCAAAAACAGCGCAGUUAUUCCUGAACUGAGAAAAGGCGUUAACUACGAGAUCAAAGCCCGCCCCUUUUUUAAUGAGUUUCAAGGAGCUGAUAGUGAAGUGCGGUUCGCUAAGACAAUGGAAGAAGCACCCAGUGCUCCCCCGCAGAGCGUUACUGUAACCAAGAAUGAUGGGAAUGGAACUGCUAUUGUUGUGGCAUGGCAGCCUCCCCCUGAAGAUACUCAGAAUGGGAUGGUCCAGGAAUACAAGGUUUGGUGCCUGGGGAAUGAGAGUCGCUAUCACAUAAACAAGACUGUCGAUGGCUCUACCCUUUCCGUGGUCAUCCCGUCCUUAGUCCCUGGUAUCAAAUACAGCGUGGAGGUGGCAGCCAGCACGGGCGCAGGAUCCGGUGUGAAAAGUGAACCCAACUACAUCCAGUUAGAUUCCUUUGGAAACCCGGUGCCUCCGGGGGACCAAGUCAGCCUGGCCCAGCAGAUAUCCGAUGUGGUGAAGCAGCCGGCAUUCAUAGCAGGGAUUGGUGCUGCCUGCUGGAUAAUCCUCAUGGUAUUCAGUAUCUGGUUGUACCGGCACAGAAAGAAACGCAAUGGGCUCACCAGUUCCUAUGCUGGAAUACGGAAAGUCCCGUCUUUUACCUUCACACCAACAGUGGCGUACCAGCGAGGAGGGGAAGCUGUAAGCAGCGCAGGCCGGCCUGGGCUCUUAAAUAUUUCUGAGACUGCUAAUCAGCCGUGGCUCGCAGAUACCUGGCCAAACACUGGAAACAAUCACAACGAAUGCCCCAUCAACUGCUGCACCUCCGGGAAUGGCAACAGCGACAGCAACCUCGCCACUUACAGCCGCCCAGCUGACUGCAUAGCGAAUUACAACAACCAGUUGGACAGCAAGCAGACAAACCUGAUGGUGCCCGACUCGGCUGUUUAUGGGGAUGUAGACUUAAGCAACAAGAUCAAUGAGAUGAAAACCUUCAACAGCCCCAAUCUGAAAGAUGGGAGGUUUGUCAAUCCUGCCGGCCAGCCCACCCCUUAUGCCACCACUCAGCUCAUCCAGUCCAACAUAAGCAACAACAUCAACACGUCUGCCGGUGAUGUGGAUGAAAAACACUGGAAACCCCCGUGCCAACAGAAACCGGAUGUUACCCCAAUGCAGUACAACAUCAUGGAGCAAAACAAGAUCAACAAAGAUUACCGAGCUUCGGACACCAUUCCUUCCACCAUUCCCUACAACCAGUCCCAUGAUCAGAAUGCCGGAGGGUCAUACAACAGCUCAGACCGGGGAAGUAGCACAUCUGGGAGCCAAGGUCAUAAGAAGAGUACUCGUACCCCGAAAGUAUCAAAGCAGGCUGGCAUGAACUGGGCAGAUCUUUUGCCACCACCACCUGCUCACCCCCCACCACAUGGUGCCACUGAAGACUACACUUUGUCAGCAGAUGAAAGCUAUGACAGAGAGUUACCUUGCCCAAUACCACCUACAAGAAUGUAUCUUCAGCAAGACGAACUGGAAGAGGAAGAUGAAAGGGGUCCCACACCUCCUAUUAGAGGAGCAGCUUCUUCUCCGGCUGCUGUGUCCUACAGCCAUCAGUCCACUGCCACUCUUACCCCAUCACCUCAGGACGAACUCCAGCCAAUGCUUCAGGACUGUCCCGAGGAGAUCGGUCAUACUCAGCAUCAGCUAGAAAGAAGGCGUCAUCAAAUUAGUCCUCCUCCACCUCCAAGGCCCAUUUCCCCGCCUCAUACAUAUGGUUAUAUUUCUGGACCAAUAGUCUCCGAUAUGGAUACUGAUGUUCCUGAAGAGGAAGGGGAUGAUGGGGAAAUUGAAGUCACCAAGAUGCAAAGUCGCAGACUUCUUUUACGUGGCCUGGAGCAGACUCCUGCUUCCAGUGUUGGAGACCUAGAAAGUUCUGUGACUGGUUCCAUGAUCAAUGGAUGGGGCUCAGCUUCUGAAGAAGACAAUGUUUCCAGUGGACGUUCCAGUGUCAGUUCAUCGGAUGGAUCAUUUUUCACGGAUGCGGAUUUUGCACAGGCUGUCGCCGCAGCCGCAGAAUAUGCUGGGCUUAAAGUAGCAAGGCAUCAAAUGCAGGAAGCAGCAGGAGUGUCGCGUCUUUGCCUCCCAGGUCGAAGACCUUUCCACGCGUCUCACUGUCCAAGACCAACAAGCCCAGUGUCAACAGACAGCAACAUGAGCACCGCUGUCAUACAGAAAAGCCGUCCUGCCAAAAAACAAAAACACCAGCAGGGACAUCUUCGGAAAGAUGUCUACACAGAUGAUUUGCCACCACCGCCACUGCCACCUCCUGCUAUCAAAUCUCCAACUGGUCCAUCCAAAGCACAACUAGAAGGACGGCCUGGCCUUUCACAGAAGUACCUUGUUGCAGAACAAAGACUGGAAAGGCCAGGAGAGAGGAAAGGUGUCAGCUACAGGGGCAGGGAAGGUCCUGACAGCAGACAACAACAUGCAGAAGCAAGAACCAAUUCAGGAGAGAGAAGAGAGUCUUCGGAACAGCAACUUGAUGGAAAGAUGAGAAAAGGGAAAGCUUCAAAGUGGGAUGGGGCACCUAUAGUAGCAAAUCAAAUACAAGAGGAUAUAUUACCCUAUUGCAAACCAACAUUCCCCACUUCAAACAACCCUCGUGAUCCCAGUUCCUCCAGCUCAAUGUCCUCAAGAGGAUCUGGUGGACGACGGAGGGGAGAACAAACAACAGGUCGCAGAAAUGCAGCAGAGAUGCAGCUCUUAGGAAAUUAUGAACGAGGGGUUGAUGAAGAUGAAAUAGAGGAAACAGAAAGUUGAAGGCAAAAGAUGGAGAUUCUCUUGGAUUUAAAUCCCUCAAGAUGCCUCAAGAUAAAUGACAUUAUGCCAGAGUUGCUAUUCAGUGCAAUCAAAUUGUGCUCAUUCUUUCAUUUUAUAUCCAUGAUACCAGCUGAACGCAUUUCUGCUUCAUUUUGUUUACACCAUCUCCUUUUUGUAUUAGUCCUCAUUAACAUUUCCCCAAAGCAGCACUUACCAUGGCGCCUUCAUAUUCCUCCAGCUGCGAAGACAGGUAGCCAGCUGUCCAAGAACUCUUAUGCCAAUACUGCUCUUGAGAUUAGACAGCAGAUGUUACCAAGACUGGAAUCCUAAGUUUAAGGCUUACCAAGCCUAUCACGUCCGUUGCCUAUUGAAUCCUGAGAGGAGGUGGUGCAGUGCACUGCCCCAAACCCACCAAAGCAUUGAUGUUCAUCAGUAACGUUUUAAUGGUUUGAAACAACCACUUACCUAAUGUGCACACUUUUAGUACAUCUUCAAGACUGUGUGUCUGGCUGGAUUAAGUGGAAAUGCAUUUUGCAGAGUUUUCAAUUUGAACCUAAAGAUUACUGUUAAAGCAGUAUUGCCAUUUCAUCCAUAUGUACCAAGUAUGGAGGUGAUUGCAUUGUAAAUAAGUACUCUUUUUGUACGUCCCUGUGGUACUUGUCUUCCCCAUCUUCAUCUUCAACCUAUGUUUGGUAUUACAUCUUCUUGAUAUGUGGAAGUCAAGCCAGUAAAAAAGAAACAAACAAACAAAAAAAAAACAAACCUGGUGGUCUUGGGUAAUUUAAAUGGAAAUCUUACAAAAACAAAUCAUUUAUUUUUCCAUUUAACAACAUUUGUAGGAAAAUCAAGAAAAGAAAAAAAGAACUUUACCAUUUGUAAUGAACACCAAGCAAAGGAACUUUUAUCGUUAGUAGAACCAGACAGGCCCUGCGCCAAUCCCGUUGGGGAUAAAAGAAAUGUGCCACUUCAGGAAAUUUGGUUUGAUCUUGUUAUUUUGUAAUGCACUGUUUUGUUGGUUUUAAAAGCACAAUCACUAAACUUUAUUUUUAAACCAUUGUAACUAUUAAUAGCUUUUUUUUUUUGUCUUAUUGAUAAAUGUUGAAAUCAUU